CAGUCAAUAGUCGCUGUAUAUACGUAGACCUAUUGUUACGCAUUGAAUCCUACUUCCUACCUACUGAUCUGGUUCCCUGAGCUCCCGUGUGACCCUGGGUCCUACGACUUUACAAUUCUAUUGACUCAACCCAUACUCAGCCUACCAGAUCAGGAUGGCGAGCCAGGAAAAGAGGAUUACCCGAGCGACCUCCGGAGGAGCGACUCCAGCGGCAGAAACCAUCGAGGCCAGCCCACCGACUCUGGGCCCUGAAGCCAGCAGCUCCGCGACGAGCAAAGCGGACAGGAUGCCGUCAAAGCUGGCCGCCCUCAAGAAUAGGAUCGAAGAAGAGAGGGCCUACUACAAUACCAUGGAAGAAGCCCUCCAAGUAUUCCGACGAUCGCACGGCGACGACUAUAGCGCCUACCCGGAGGAAGUAAGGGUCUUCGCAGAAAGACAGGUCCGAAUACAAGAAGAAGGACGCCGGAAAAGGCGACACCAAGACAGUGAGGAAGAAUGGGAGGGGACCCCAAACGAGGAGGAACAAGAGACUGCCUCCGUAGUAUCGCGAGAAGCAACCCCGUCGUAUAGGCCUUUCGGCAAGGUCAAGGACCCUAAGGUCUACAAAGGCGAGUCGACACGAGAGCUCAACGAGUUUAUGGCCUCAAUCCGCGCUUCCUUCCGAUACCAGCCAAGAAUGUUCCCAACCGAGCAAUCCAAGGUGGCCUUCGCCGCCCAAUACCUUGAGAGCGACCCCAUGAAGGAGUGGGACAACCGCUGCGCCUCGCAAGAGGAAGGGCUCGAGGACCCUUUAGAUAUCGCAGGGUUUGAAGAGUUCCUUCGCGACCUCCAUAUCGACCCAGCCAACCGGCAACGCAUUGCAGCCCUCAAAUACAACGGCGCCCACCAGCGUAAGGGGCAGGGUAUCCGCAAAUUCGUUGCGUACCUCGAGGAAUUGGAGCGGGAAAUGGAGCCCUACACCGAGUCCCAGAGGACCACCCACCUCCUGACGAAGUUACACCCAGAAAUGAGGCAGCGCCUCCUUGAGGGUGGCUACGCCGAGCGUUCCACGACCCACAGGGAGGCUGUUGUCAAUAUCCUAGCCAUGCUGGAAAUGAACAACCGGUGGGUAACCGAGAAGAAUCCUUCUACGGAUAGGCCCAACACAAGGGAGAAUAAGGGAACCCUGCAGGGUGGCUUUCCAGCUCGGAAGGGCCACUUCAAUAGCCACAAGUCGGGCAAUCACCGGGAGCGAACGCCCUUCCAGGAUCGCCGUCGAUCGGACCAACAACCUGCGCGCAAGCCAGCCGACACCCAAGGCGCAAGGCCUACCCAAGUAGGGAACGCCUGUUACAACUGUGGCAGACCAGGCCACUUUGCAAAGGACUGCCGUAGCCAGCACACUGGGCCGGGAGUCCGGAAGCUGGAUACCCAACUCCUCAAGCGGGAGUGACUCCCUACCGAAGCCCUACGCCCUACGCAGGCGAAGAGGAUGGAGAUCGACAUUGAAAUCAAAGUAGGGCCUACCUGGCACAAGGCCAAGGCUCUACUCGAUUCGGGGUCGGACGCGUCAACUAUCCACCCCCUCUUCGCAAAAGAUAAGAGCCUAGAGUGCCGAGACAAGGGCCCACCUCGAGCGAGGGCUGUGGACGGCAAGGAGAUUGCCAUAUACGGAGCGGCGACCGUACAGAUCAAGGCCUGGGACCACUUUCGAAGGGAGACGACCGUAGACCAGACGUUCCUUUCCAUGGAUACCCCUGGUGUGGAUGUUAUCCUUGGAAUGGACUGGAUCGUACAGGUCAACCCCCAGAUCGAUUGGCAGACCCAGAUAUGGCGCUACCCCUUCGAUAUAUCGAAGGCGAUGGAGGUGGGUAUUGAAGAGCUAGACAAAGGCGAUACUGCCUUUGUCCUGGCGUUGACCUCGGAAGGAGCAUUGGAACCCCAAUGCCCAAGGGAGUACGCUGAAUUCGCCGACGUCUUCUCUAAGGAGCGGGCAGAAGACCUACCCGAGCUGGGUAGGAAGACCCACGGUAUCGAUACCAGCAUGCAAGAGCCGCCUUACGGCCCGGUAUACAACCUAUCUGAGACGGAG